UCACAGUAAUCCGAACAAUUGGUCACAGUUAGAGAUUGAAUAUGCAAUUAAAGAUACGAAGGAGAAAUCCGUGAUCGCGUCAGCAUGGUAUCCGGAAUACUGAUAUCCGGAUAAGUUAAUUCCAGGGUAUCAGUAUAUCUCAAAUAAGACGGGCCUUUAAUGUUGCUGCAUGAAUCACUGAAAAUUUGGUUACUUUGUGUUUGUUUGCGGGGUUGUCAGUUUGAGUCACGCCGUCACGCCAGCGCGUCGACUCUCAUCUCGAGUUCCACAUCGAGUGACGCGUAGACGAGAAGGAAUGGAUUUAGACGUGCAGAGCGAUCGAGAGCGCCUGCGAAACCUAAUCCAAGGCUGUUCGAGAGCAACCUUCCAGCGGCGUUUGAAGUCAGGGAUCAUCACUUGCCACUCUGCAAUGCAGGAUUGGAGCCAUAGAACGUGCAUGUGAGGAUUCGGGAUCUAAAAUCAUCCUGGACAUCCCGCGGUUGCUGGAAACAUUCGCCUAGAUAGACUCCUCCUUCCCAACCACGACCUGCAGUUAUCGUUGUCGGCAUCUCUCAACGCCACUGGUUGCAGCUGCUCUCCGUUUUUUGAGUUUGCUGCUUGUAGAGGUGUUGUUUAGAUCUCCAAGAUGGCGUUACCUGGUCAGACUACCCCCGAUAACUGUCCCAGUUUUAAGCUUGUUAUUGUUGGAGAUGGAGGGACGGGGAAGACCACCUUUGUGAAGCGUCACUUGACUGGAGAGUUCGAGAAGAAGUACGAGCCUACAAUUGGAGUUGAGGUUCAUCCUUUGGAUUUCUUCACGAACUGUGGCCGCAUCCGGUUCUACUGCUGGGACACUGCUGGACAGGAGAAGUUUGGAGGGCUGCGUGACGGGUACUACAUCCACGGGCAGUGUGCUAUUAUCAUGUUUGACGUGACUGCGAGGUUAACCUACAAGAAUGUGCCCACGUGGCAUCGAGAUCUGUGCAGGGUUAGCGAAAACAUCCCGAUCGUGCUGUGCGGGAACAAGGUUGAUGUGAAGAAUAGACAAGUGAAGGCCAAACAAGUGACCUUUCACAGGAAGAAGAACCUGCAGUAUUAUGAGAUCUCCGCAAAGUCGAACUAUAAUUUCGAGAAGCCUUACCUGUACCUUGCGAGAAAGCUAGCUGGUGAUGCCAAUUUGCAUUUCGUGGAGUCUCCAGCUCUUGCACCUCCUGAAGUCCAGAUCGACUUAGCUGCCCAGGCUCAGUAUGAAGCCGAGCUCGCUAAGGCGCAGUCGAUGCCUCUUCCCGAUGAUGAUGACGAUAGCUUGGACGGUUAGAUUUGUGGUGUAGCUGUGAUGUCAGACUCACAAUCCUUACGUACUCAGUAGCAUCCUACAUAGGGAGACGAUGACCGUGACGAGGGCGUGUGAUGGUUUUAGAUAUUUUUCCUCACAUUGUUUUGACGUGGUAUGACAUAAGUUCGUAAGUCACCAACCUGCAACAAUGGCCAGGAUUCGUGAUCGGUUAAAUUUACAAUCUUAAAUGAUUUAUGUAUACUCCAGCAUUAUCUUUUGUUAAAUGUUCUCUUAUGAACAUGAAUGGCUACAACCAAGCGCAUGUAGAUCUCUCAUGAUUGAAUCUCGGUAGGGAUUCUUUAGUGUGUACAGGUUGUAGUUGAUAGGGCUGUAAAGCUUGAGCGACAACAAAAUGCGUUUGCUUUUAGGGUCCUACCAUGUUUAGAUUCUCUUAAGGUAAGCUUGGGUCCCCAGAAAAGUGUACGUGCUGAAGAUUCACAAAAUGUGAAUAUUCGUAUAUUUACUAAGUACAAGCCAUUGGCUUGUCUCCAACGCCACUGUCCAAGCACUUCUUGUUUUAAAGCUGCUUGACUAAACAAGUAAUUUGGUUUGUA